UUUUAGUACAGAAAAUAGUUUUAUCAACACCGUCUUAGAGGUCGUUAAUUUACAGUGUCUACGUCUUCAAUAAUAAUAAAUAAUAUUUUCCUUGUAGACGGAAUUUAUUUCUAUAACUCUCUGAUUUUGGAUAUAUAAAAUUUUUUUUUUAGGUGAGUGACGAUCGUUAUAAUUUCUCAAAUGUAUACGAAACAAAAAUAAUACUAAGUGAGAUUUAUUAGAAAAUGUCCUGGCUGCACUCCCACCUUUGGCCACUAGGAAGAGACGCUGAACCAGGAAUAGUGCCCUGGCGCACGGAGCGUCCCGCAGCAGAACUCCACUUGAGUCGGUACCGCACCGCCAUCCUCGCGCUGGCCUGGCCGGGAUGGAGCAGGACGCCCCUGGAGCGGAGCCACCCCGUCAGCGGAACGGCUUCGUGGGCAUGCUUUAUGGGGAGUUUACAGACACCCUCGACGACAAGGUCCGCUUCUCUGUCAGCCUGACGGAGAGCGCUCUGACCAUCCAGAGGAUCUCCUCAUCGCCCGACCGGACUAAGGUGGUCUUCAACUUGACGGACUGCGUCGGUUGCCGGGCGUACAGAGCAACGGACAGCGCGGACGUCGGCGCCUACUUCACCGCCUAUUUCUACCCCUUCAAACGGCGCUGGAUGAGCGCAGGAGUGGCCCGGCAGCGAGUGGAGCAGUGUUUUCGGGUGGCGCUGGUUCAGGACCCCCGGACUAACCUGCGGGAGGCUGAACGGUGGGCUUGUGCCAUCAGGGAUGCCUCUGCGCAGCAGGCGCGCCGGAAAGACGGUAUCACCAACUUGGAGAUAAGACGGCCUUGCAGAGUCAUGAUCCUGGUCAACCCUCUGAGUGGACGAGGCCAGGCUCUCCAGCUCUUCACCGGGCACCUGCAGGGCAUGCUCACUGAAGCCGACGUCCCCUACACGCUUGUCAUCACAGAGCACCAGAACCACGCACGUGAGCUGGUCAAGAAGGCGGACCUGUCACAGUGGGACGCUCUCGUUAUCAUGUCAGGAGAUGGGCUGCUCUUCGAGGUGAUAAACGGUCUGAUGGAGCGUGACGACUGGCAGGAGGCCAUCCAGACCCCUCUGGGCAUUCUUCCAGGUGGCUCUGGAAACGCCCUGGCUGCUUCUGUCCACCACUACUCUCAGUCACCCCCGGCAUGGAAUGAGGAACUUCUUCUGAGCUGUGGCUUUAUGCUGUGCAAGGGCCUGGUCGGUUCUUUGGACUUGGUGUCCAUCCACUUGGCUUCCAAACAGCGUGUCUUCUCCUUCCUGUCUCUGGCUUGGGGAUUUGUGGCUGACGUGGACAUCGAGAGCGAGAAGUACCGCCACGUCGGGGCAAUCCGCUUCCUGAUGGGUACUUUAGUGCGCCUGGCGUCGCUCCGAGUGUAUCAGGGUAGGUUGGCGUACCUGCCCGUGAAGGAGAAGCCCGACCUUUCGUCCACGCCUCAGCGACCCUCGCUGUGUUCCUCCCUCCCUUGCCAGCUCAUUCCCAAUUCCUCGCCAGCAAACAAACCACGCCGCCAUUGCAACAACUUCAACACCAUCAGCAAUUCCUCCAAAACACCCGAAACUCCCAGUGACGGGAAAACCCGAGCACCAGUGGAUUCUCUGCUCCCGGGACUAGACCAGCCGGUCCCGGAGAGCUGGACUGUUGUCAAAGCGGAGGACUUUGUCUUGGUGCUGGCAAUUUACCAAUCUCACCUGGCCGAGGACUUGUGGGCGGUCCCCGGCGCCACGGCGGACGACGGAAUCAUCCACCUCUUUUACGUGACUGCGGGAAUCUCCCGCCCCGCCCUUUUGCGCCUCUUCCUGGCCAUGGAGAAGGGAGCGCAUUUAGCAUGCGGCUGCCCCCACCUGGUCUACGAGAAGGUGCUAGCGCUGCGCUUGGAGCCCAUUUCGAAGGAAGGGGUGAUCACAGUGGACGGCGAGACGAUGGAAUACGGGCCGGUUCAGGCUCAAAUCCACCCCGGACUGGCCAGACUCAUACAUGGAUGAAGGCAGAUUAUGUUAAUCUUCUAGUUGGAGAGCUUUCAAGUUUGGCCUUUUCACUCAGUGUUGAUCUCUUUGUAUACGCUGUGCUUUCGUAAGUGCCAAAGACAUUUAAUCAGCCUCGGAGAAUUCCUCUAUUUUUAUACUGAAGCAACUUAGCGUGUUUUUUUCUUUUUUUUUAUCAUCCCUGCCCUUCGAUUCAGGGUCCAAAUUGUUCUUCACUGCUGGCUGGUUCCAGCGGAACGCACUUGAGAGAUUGUGUACACAUUUAACACAACGUAUGUGUGCAUGAGCACAUUGUUGACGUGGCAGAGGAGCGCAUUGCGCACUCUGCUGUCAGACCUCAUCAGCGCCGCACAUAUGAAGACAAGCACAUUUUUUUCCCCCAUAUUCCCGGCGGAAUAGUCGAAGGUUCAGAGCAGGAGAAAUCCCUGAGAAGAUUUGUGCUAAUCUUUGUGUAUGGAAAAAAAAGUUGUUUGAGAAAGGCCAAUUUGGGUUGUUGCUCAUUUGAUGGGAUUGAUCAUCUUCUCUUAAAUUGGAAGAUUGUACUCUUGGUUCAUGAGCCUUCACCUCAUGUGUCCUUAUUAGCUUCAUUUCUGCAUAUUUUUUUUUUUAAGUGACACUAAUUGGGUGCAUAAAAGAAGCACAGGGUCUGGUGUGUUCUUGCAAUCUGUUGGCUGGAGGGAGUUUGGACUUUUUUUUUUGGCCGUGUUUGAUUAGCUUCGGGGCGGAGGAGACGGCAAAUGUUAACUGCAUUUUCAUUGGCUCAUCGACAUUGGCCAUGCACAAAUCAUGUUGAUGAAUGGUUCCGCUGACUAUGUUGCACAGGUAUGCAUACAGCAGCUGAAUAUCAUCAUGCAGCUUCGAUGACCUUUCAGGCAAUUUUCUCUUUCCUGACAGCAGAUAAAAGGACAACACAAUUAUGGCAAAGCUGAAAUGUCAAAUGUUAACAUUCAUGGUCCGGCUUCUCUGUGUCUUCUGAGGGAAUGACGAUCGAAAAAAGUCUACACACCCUUGUUUAAAAUGCUUUUUUUAGUUUUACUAAUUUGACGCUUUAACCUCUAAUUUUAAUUUUAUAUUUCAUUUAAUUUUUUUAAUUAUGGGCCAUUAAUGGUGGGAAAUGGUGACAUUUGAACAGGGGUGUGCAGACUUUUUAGAAAUUGCGUGUUUACUUUUUACAGUAUUUCUAUUGAGGGCCCAAAAUAACAUCUUCCUCUCACACAUAAAGCAAAACCACUUGCUGGAGAACUCUCAUGGUCACCCAACAACCUCUCACAAUAACCUCUAAAAUGAUAUAGAUUUGACUUUUGUGUAUGAGUUUUUUAUGGUUUGAGUUUUUUUUGUGCUGAAUGUGUGUUUUGUGUUUAAGCGUUUUAGGGAGUGAGAGAUUUUGUGUGAAUGUCAAUUUUGUUUAUUAAUUAAAUUGAUUUAUUUUGCUGAAUUUGAGAGGCUUGUUGGUUUGUAUGAGAGUUUUUGGGUCAGCGUUUCAUUAUUUAUUUGGUGAGUUUUGGGUGCAUGUGAGGUAAAUGUUGUUUUUGGCCUAUACAGCAUCUCACCUUGGAUUGCAAUGUACCUGAAGGAGACUUGCCCGAAAAACAUCCCACAUUUUUCAAUUCUUGCAUUUAAAUUUGCUUCAUAAUGCUGAAAUAGGAACAAAAAUAUUGCAUCCUUGUUAUCAAGGCCCUGUAUGAAGACAUGUUACGCUAAUGCAUCGUCAUGGUUACACACUAUUGGAUGACUUACAGUAAAUAUCGCUAUCUGGACUUACCCUGAGCUUUUUCAGUUAUAUAAUGCACUCUCCUCAGACUGCCACGACAUUUAUCUCUUUUUUACUUAAAUCUUAAGGAUUAAAGCACACUUUUAUUAGAAUUUGAUGGGGGUGUUAAAAAAAAAAAAUCUUAUUGUAACUUACUGCCAGAAAUAUUUACGUGAACCUUGCAUAGAAUAUGUAAACGAAUGCUCUUGGUAGGAUGUCGUUGCACUUGUGGUUCGCUAUAAUAAAUUAUUCCACUUGCUGCUGGAAUGCAGAAUCAGUCUGAACACAAUUAGAAUGGCUAGUGUCUUUGUCAUGAGAUUUUAUUCAUAAUUUAGGAGACGUCUCACUGAGUUAUGUGCAGAAAUGAGGUCACUGAUGCAGUGAGUUUUGCUGUUAUAUUUUAAACCGACAUUUAAAAAAAAUAUAUAUAUAUUAAUCUUUUUGGAGCAGUAUAUGGUACUGCUGGACUUGAGCUCUCAUUUAUGAGACGUACAUACAAUCAGCCUGAAAUAUAAAUUACAGAUGCAGUAGGAAAUUCAGUCAUUGUUUUGUAUUUAAACAUGCUGGUAAAUGAAAUGUAAAUUCAGUAGAUCUGUAUACUGUUGUUGAGUAAUGUUUUAUGUUGAUAAGACAAUAAAUUUUGUAAUAUCUGGAAAA